AUGACAUCAAGAUCUGAACGUGAAAAAUCUAAAAUGCAAGAAAAAUAUCAAAUGAUACUUUCACAAAUGCUUAAAGAAGAAGAUAAUAAAUAUUGUGUUGAUUGUGAUACUAAAAGUCCUCGAUGGGCUAGUUGGAAUAUAGGUGUAUUUAUAUGUAUUCGUUGUGCUGGUUUUCAUCGUAAUUUAGGUGUACAUAUAUCAAAAGUUAAAUCAGUUAAUUUAGAUUCUUGGACAGGCGAACAAAUUGCUUCAAUGCAAGCUAUGGGUAAUAGUCGUGCACGUGCUGUAUAUGAAGCUAAUUUACCUGAUGGAUUUCGACGACCACAAGCUGAUUCAACAUUAGAAUCAUUUAUUCGAGCUAAAUAUGAACAACGUAAAUGGAUUGCUAAAGAAUGGAUUCCACCUGAAAUAACGGUGCCUAUUGAUCUCAUUGAAUCAGAAACUAAUCAACGACGUAUUGAAACAACAUCUGCUAAUGAACGAAUAAACAAAAAUGUUAUAAAAUUAAGACCAUUUGCAAUACCAAUACCAACUAGUAAUCCAGUACAACAAAUUGUAAAAUCAUUAUCACCUCCUAUAGAAAAUAAUACUCGAGAUUUAUUAAAUUUAGAUGAACCAACAUUACCUAUAUCAAAUAAUACAACACCUAUUUCUUCAUCAGAGAUUCUUGAUCCAUUAAAUGAAUUAUUUACAACAUCAACAUCAGAAGUAAUAAGCAAAACGACAACAUUAGAUAAUACAUUAUCUUCUUCAAAUAAUAUUCAAACAAAUAAUGAUACAGUUAUGAGUAAUGAAAAAAUUAUGGCUUUAUUUAAUAUACCUCAAGUUGUACCAACAACAAUAUCUUCAGGAAUAAAUAUUCGACCAUCACAUAUGCCAACAUCAUCAAAUCCUACAAUUCCUGGUUUUGCCUAUUCACCAGCAUCACAUUCACAUUUAGUACCUCCACAAAAAUCAGUAUCAUUUAGUAAUAAUCUUUAUCAACAAGCAACAAAUUUCGGAUUUCAAGCUCAACAAAGUCAUCCAUAUCAAGGACAUUCAACAAUAAAUCAUAAUAAGCCAAAUAGUAUCAAUCCAUUAACUGUUCAAAGUCCAACAUCAACAUUUACAUAUGGUCAAUUAAAUAGUCAAUUUAUGCCAUUUGGAAAUACAAAAAAUAAUACCUCAACAACAUCAUCUGGUACACAUUGGCAAUAA